UUAGUCAUCAAUGGGACUUGUCAACAUAAUGACCGAAUUUUCCUUAUAUAUAGGUCGAGGCUGAAAGUUCUUCGGCACUAACCAGCCAAGAACACCGAUGGCCGCUGGUCCUGCAAGAUGCUCCGCGCGGAGCCUCCGGCGGUGUGCCAGGCGGCGGGCGCGGGUUGUCAAGGCCCUGAUCAUCGCUGCCGUGCUGGGAGGUUUCCUCUAUCACACGAGCUUGAAUCUGCGGCGACAUCUAAAGGGAAAGACUCUUUUCAUCACUUCUGAAGAAACCUCACCCCCGGCGCCGUUCCCAACGUAUCGACUUUGCAUUUGGCCAACUUGGAACCCUCGACGACUUGUCUCUUUGGGCCUCAAACUCUCCAAUCUUUCACAUAGGGAAAUAUUGAAAAAUUACUAUCAGCUAACUGGAAUUCCCGAACAUAUGACAGGGCGACAGCUGGUGGAGAAGGCAGCAUGGCGCGUCGAAGACCUAGUAGAAGAGGUGAGGGUCGGAAACAUUCACGAAGAGUAUUACUCCACGGCGCCUUUCACCUCUAAUCUGUGGCGCCGCUCCUUCACUCCUGUCGGCCCUUGCAUCACCCUCACGCCCCCCCCAUCCGCCAGUUUUUACGCCCAGACCCUUUCCAUCAAGCUCCGCGAGAAACCGGCAGACAUCCAGGCGUGCCGCUGGGUGGAGGAGGGACGCGUCAGGAUAUACGAAGGCCCCGAGGAUUGCCCGUCCGUAACACAAUACUGCAACACCUCCUGCGAGUGGGAAGAGUUCAUAACGAACUUUUUCUUUAACCGGCUCCAUUAUUUACUAUCCACAUCUCAUUCCAUUUCGAUCUCAGGCACAGGAAACGCACUUGCUCACUCAGUUAUAAAGAACGUCGUUGUAGAACCGUUCAAGGUUAUUCCACUUAAAGAAAACGGUCCUGUUGAUGCAGAAGAUUGCUACUUUAAGUGUGUGAUGGCUCCCGGGGAAAAAGAAAACAACUGUACAGGCUUAAGGCAGACAUCCUUGGAUGAUUCUCUCUCUAACCUCUGCGUCAAAUACUUACAGUUAUUCUCCGUGUCCAAAAACUUCAUCACUGAGUAUCUGCUAUCCCAUCGUUGCAUUAACUCCUGCAAGUUCACCAGCAAGGAAACAAAGUGGAGGCAGUUAGAGAAAACAUUUUACCCUAAUGAUACCACCUUCAAAAUUCGACUUUUAAGACCAGUAACUGUUGUCAUGACUGAAAUCGAGAUGUACCCUUUGAGCCUAUUUCUUACCGACACCGGCGGCGGUCUGGGCCUGUUCCUGGGCGUGUGUGCUCUCGAUGUGUGGAACUUUCUCGUGAGAGUCGUGGUCAGUCGGGAGGUAGUGGCCAGGAGACCAGCGGGCCGCACGCUGGGACACCUCGGCCAGCUCGUUGGGGCGUUGGUCGUGUCAAUGGGGACGUGCGUCCACCUGCUCAUAAUGGGCAAGUCAUACCUGCAGCAGCCUGUGACGCUGUCGGCAAGUCUGGGCGCGAGUGACGCCAGCCACGCAACGCCUUUUGUCACCCUCGAGUCCCUGCUGGUGGAGAGGAUGGCGAGCCGCGUCCUCGGGUGUCGGGCGUCAAGCACCCCCAAGCAGAACGAGUGUGUCAAGUGUGUCCUGCAGGGAGAGACGGGCCAGUCCCUCCCCUUCAUCAGCGUGGAUGACCUUCCCCGCUGCACAGCGGAGCACCUCACCUUCCCUCGCCUCGCAUUCACCGUGCCAAAGCUCCAUAUUGAGGGCAUCGCCAGGAAGGAAACAACCGCCUCGUGCUCAGCCUGUGAUCACCUCAAUGAUUCACGGCCGCCCGACUUCGUGCAGUAUUCGGUCGACGAAAACUCGCCCUACUCCCCGAACAGCAUGCUGUGUACUCUUGGGGGUCUGAUGGGUCUGUACCUAGGUCUGUCUCUGCUGAACGUUCAGGACUUGUUUCAGAGAACUCUGAGGAAGCUCCAUCGAGAUGCUGGUGGUCGGUGCCGCGGCGUGGCGUGGGUCGGCUUCACAGGCGGUGUUGUGGCGGUGGCCGUGGCGAUCUGCUUCCUGCAACUGGGCACCUUCUUCGGAGCUCACCCGGUGUACAGCAGCACGUCCACACACAGCCUGCAGGAGGGUGUUCUACCAUCCAUCACCACCUGCGUGUGGCCGCCCUUCAACAUCCGGCGGCUUCUGGAGACAGCCGGGUUGGGCGCCGCCUUCGCCAACCUGUCCCUCAUAACGAACCCUGAGGCGAGAGACGCCGCCUCUGCACUUCUGCUGCAAGACCUGCCGGAGACCUCAAACGUCACCGACCCCCAUAUCCUGUGGGACGCCGGCGCCUGGGCACGUGAGGAAUUAAUGAUUGGAUAUACGAUCAUGUAUCGAGAUCUUGAGAGAAUUAUACUUCGUGAUCAGCAAACGUCAAAUGGAAUAUUAAAUCAUUGCUGGAAAUAUACACCGAAUAUAUCACGUUCUAGUUGGUCGAGGAACACUCUAUUCAUUCAGGGUACACACCCGUAUCCAGAACAUUUGGAACUAUAUGAUUAUUUUUUAUCUUACCUUCACUACCCAGAUGAAGAUCUUCUGAUUCAGCCUAACAUGCUUAGUAACUUAGUCACCUUUCAAUCUUUUGAUAUCUCUUCGGUGACAAAGUGGAGGUCUUUAGACGAGAACAGAGUGGGAGGCCGCGCUGGCUGUGUGUCCCGCUGUCUGGAGGCCGCCUUGGCGACACACUUGGGCUGCCGUUUGCCCUUUGAUGUGAGCAGUCAAAACUUUGACUCCUGCAGCAUGACUGUGUUUGCGGGCUUUCUCACUAAUGUAUGGCGGCUAAGAACACGACCAUGGGACGCCUUCCAGAAUAUAGUUGGCCAAGAUCUGGUCAGCAGGUGCUACACGGCCUGUCGUUACGGGGAUCAAAUCUUCAUUAGACUGAAGCACAAUACAGGCGUAGAGGAUAUGGUCAUGCCUGGACUCUCUGUGGCCUUCCCUAAACAAAACAAAUCCCUCUUAACAACAUACCGUAUGUCAUCCGGUACCUUGGAGCACAUGAGCGUCCGAGACGGCUACGCCCCCACGACGCUGGUCAGUGAUCUCGGUGGCAUUGUUGGCAUGACUCUCGGCGUGUCACUCCUGUCUCUCUUCCUCACCCUUGUCACCAAGAUGACUCGGUCUCGGCGGACUCUCACCAAGGUCUCAUCGCAACUCCCCGCGCAGUGA